AUGAAUCUUUCCUGGAUCUUGACAACUGCGCUCGGCGCGUGUGCCGUGGCGGCACAAGACACUCCAGAGCCCCAGGCUCCCAAACUGACUUACCUCUACACCCUCACUGCGCUGCUCAAUUCGUCGAUUGAGAUUGGCACGGGGAUCUACAGCGACCGCAAAGUGAUUCCCAUCAUCGGCGGCAGUUUCCACGGCACGGUCCUCGAUCUUGGUGCCGACUGGGGGCUCACGGACUCGAAGGGUGUCUUUCAUCCCGAUACGCGGUACAACUUGAGGACGGCGGAUGGUGCAAACAUUUACAUCCAGACGAGUGGAUCGAAACAAUCGAAUGGAAAGAUUUACCUCAGACAGAUCUUCGAGACGGGGAGCGAGGACUACUACUGGCUGAAUAACGUUGUCUCUGUGGGGGUGUUGACAUCUGGCAAUGGUAGCGUAACUAUUGAGGGGUGGGUAUUGGACCUGUGA